AUGACGAUCCAGAGCAUCGGCGCGUUUAGCCGACGCGCCGCGUCCGAGGCAGGCCACGACGUGCACAGGUUCAACCAAGAUGAGGGAGAGCGCGAGGCAGAGGCUGUGGCGGAGUUCGAACCGUUUUCAGCGGCGGUGAGAGAAGUUGCCAUUCCAGACAAUAUGAAGAAUAUAGUGCUGGAAACCUACAGUGAAAUGGCUGAUCCCAAGGAGCACUUGCUGUAUUUCAAUACGAAGAUGGUGAUCAACGCUGCUUCUGAUGCGGUCAAGUGUAGGAUGUUUCCAGUCACAUUCAAAGGCACAACGAUGGCGUGGUUCACGACUCUACCACGAGGAUCCAUCACGAACUUUUGUGACUUCUCAUCCAAAUUCCUUGUCCAGUUCUCGGCGAGCAAGACUAAGAAGGUGACGAUUGAAGAUCUGUACAAUGAGCGUCAAUCUGAGGGUGAGACUUUGAAGCAGUAUGUGAAGUGGUUCAGCGCUGCGUCGGUAAAGAUAGAGGAAUCUGAGCCAAAUGCCUGUGCCCGCACCUUUAAAAAUGGAUUGCAGCCAGGAAAGCUAAAUAGUAAAUUGAGCCGAAAGCCAGCCAAGUUAAUGGCGGAGGUGCGAGCCCGGGCGAACACGUACAUACUUGACGAGGAGGAUGACGCUUUUAAGCGGAGACGCGCGAAGGUGGAGAAGGAUGGCGAACAGAGGGACGUGUCACUAGAAGACAAGCCGAGCAAGGAGAAAGCAGAGGGAAGCAGAAGACAGGACAGGAAGGUUCGAACUGGGGAAAAGGCACCGAGAGAAUCUUUGUAUCCCAGAAAGGAAAACUUUGAGCGGCGACGACCCUGGCAUCAGGCUGACCCUCGUCGCCGAGAGGAAGCAGGGAAAAGCUUGAACGCUUACCUAACAGAGCUGCUACGAGAAAUUAAGGCGACGCACGCAGUUGAGGAGGGCGAGAGAAGGGUUGACCCGCCGCGGGCAACGACAGACAAGACCAAGUGGUGUGAGUACCACCGUUCAGCAGGACAUGACAUGGGGGACUGCUUUACGCUGAAGAAUGAAAUCGAGAGGCUCAUCUGA